CGUAACCUCACUUUCAGUCUGCCAGGAAGCUUUCUUUUCGAACAGAAAAUAAAAUGAGUUUUCCACCCAUUUCCUGGGCAGUUUAAAUAGAAAUUUGAGUGUCUGUGUAUUCUUUAAGAUCCCAAAAAGUGAUUUCCGGUUUAAGAAUUUAAUUUUUGAUAGAAUUUUUAGUGUUUUUGAGAGUAAACAAAUGUGGUUUAGCUUCCCGGCUAAAUGAGUGAGCAGCUUGUACCUGGAAAAAUUGACGAAGCACCCCAGGAGGGAUUUUCCGGGACAAUGGAAACAACCCCUGGGGAUGCCAAGGAUACGGAGGGAUUGUACAAAGUGGAGGAUUUCCCCCUUCCUGCAGACAACGAGGGUAAAACUGUCGAUGGAGACAAAGAGAGCGUCAGUGUGUCUGCAUCAGCUUCCAGGUCAGUGAAUGAAGUGUUUGAUGAGAUACUCAAGAAAGAAGUUGUUGCUCUGUGGAGUUCUAAAGAGAAGGAAGUAACAGAAGAAAAGGAAACGAUCGUGGGCAAUGUCCAGGAAGAAAAUUCAGAGAAGGAACUUCUUUCUGGUGGGAAUGUGGGAGUCUUUGAGGGUAAUUCUGGUGAUAGAAUAGAAGAAAAAUCCAAUGAGAUUGAAGAAAAGGAAGCGGAAGAAGAAAAUCCCGAAGAAAUCUUCCGGAAGCUGGAAAGUCUUUUAGCUGAAACAAAAGAUGAAAUGGAAGUCGAUGAAGAGAAGCUAGAGGAUGAUGAGAAAGUCUCCUCAAGUAAGGAAAUCCAAGAGGAGGGAAAGAUAGUGGAAGGUGAUGCUAAAGAAGUUGAAGAGGAGGAUCCGAAACUUCUUUCCGGAAAGAAAUUCAACAAAGAAACUGAAGGAAUUUGUCAGGAAGUUGAAUCCUCUGACCGAAAUCCUCUAAAAGAUCUCCUUGAAGAUAAAGAUCUAGCCCUGGAUGAAGAUUCCACGUUGAAUGGAGAACUUCCUGCAAGAAAAACUCCUCAAGAGAGUAAAGAAUCUGAAAUUGCGCAGCACAGUGGCCAGGAGAAUGUUCCAGAUCUCGAAGAAAUGGAUCUAGAUUCUCCGGAUACCUUGGAAAAGCCUCUUAAAGGUGCUGAAAUGCAAAUUGAUGACGAUGAGGAGUUUGCAGCUGAACUGGAAGCUCUCAAAGAGGAAGAGGAAGAAGAUGGGGCAGUUGUUCAGGAAAGUUCUGACAGUGAAGUGAUGGAGGAAGACAUUGUCGAAGCUAUAAAACUUCCACAAGAAUCCUCGGAAGUUCAAAAAGCUCCCGAAGAGAAUCCCCCAAAAGUUCAGGAAGCAAAAGAAGAUGAUGAGGAGCUUCCAGAAGCUACUCAAUUAUUGAAUUUGCCAGAGGAAAAAUUAGAGAUUGAUGAAGCUUCAAUUGAUAGUUCAGAAGACCCUCCAGAAGUUCCGGAAAGUCAAUCUAAUCUCCCGGAAGACUCCUCGCAAAACCUCAACGUUGAAAAACCUCAAGGAAGUGCAGAAAAGCAUCCUGAACUUCCGGAAACUAAUAAGGAAUUUCCAACAAUUGAAGAUUCAGAGGAAGCAAACAAAGAAGCAGAGCCAAAGCUUCCAGCAACAGCAAAUGUUUAUCAAGAAGAGGAAGUUCCCCUUCCGGAUUCAACAGAAAUGGAAGAAUCUCACGCAGAUGCUGCAAAAGUCCCUCAGGAGGAAGACAUGGAGACGAGAAAGGCAGUAGAAGCAAUUCUUUCAGAUGAUAGUUUUCCUGAUUUACAAAUUGACGAAGAAGCUGCAGUUUCAACCAUUCCGGAAGAUCGAGAAAAGGAAGCAGAGGUUCAAGACAAGGCAAUUGAUUCCCAGGAAGCCCCGGAAAAGAUUCCAGAGAACGAAGAGGAGAAGGAGGCCCUUCCGGAAGACGAUGAAGUAGUUCUAAUUGAAGAAGAUGAACUUGAGGAAGAUGAGAAAGGGAAGGAAGCUUCCCCGGAAGGUGAGAAAGAUAAGGAAUUGCCUCAGGAAGAGAUUUUUCAGGAGAAAAAUGAAGAAAUCCCAAAGGAAGCUCACCAGGAAGAAGAAAAAGAAGAAAAAGAUGACUCUGUGAUUGAAAUUCCGGAAGAUGAACCUUCGCAGGAAGUUCCAGCUGCCACAGAAGCUGCAAAAGGAGAAGAAGAAAAUCACGAGGAAGCAGCAGAGGAUCAUCUUUCAGAGGGAGGAAGUACAAAGAAUGGCCCAAUCAGUGAGGAGGCAACAAAGGCAGCCAGCGUGACGGAGGAUAAUAAUAGUUCAAUGAGUAUGGAUUUGAUGGAAUCCAAUGAUGUUCCGAGUGAGAGAGCAGAUACAGUUGAGGAUAAUUCCACGCCAAUGGACAUGGAGGUGGAUGAGACGGCUAAUGCCGAAUGGGCAGUGAAACACUUCCGGAAGGAAUCCACGGAGGAGGUGAGCAACAAGGAGGCCUCAAAAGAGUCCACGAUGGAUCGACAGAAGCACUAUGAUUGCAUUAAUUCAGCCUGCAAGAGUUCACCGGGGGAGGAGUUCUCGCCAGCUCAUGGCUUCAUUGUCAGCUUCUACAGCACAAAGAAGCGCAAGAAGACUCAGUACGUCUGCCAGCCGUGCUAUGCCGUUGCCAUGGAGAAGAUGAUGGACUACUGUAGCAUCCUCACGGCACAGAAGCCAAUCUUCCAUCACUUCCCGCAGCAUACGGAAGUUGUGGAGAUCUCAGACAGCAGUGAAGAUUCCUCACCGGAAGAUGAGAUGGUUCAGUGCAUGCGGAGGCCACUGAAGGAAGCAGACAGGGAGCUAAUUGAGAAGAAUCUCGAUGAAGUCAUCGCGGAGACAAUGAAACGCGUCAAUAUUAAUCAGCAAUUUGAGUGGACGAAGCACGAUUUGGACACGAGAUUCAGUAAACUCGAGAAGUCUCAUGCGGAAGUCAAUGAGGAGUUCCAGAAAAUCCAGAGAACGGCUGAUUCGCUCUUUAAGAAUCUCAAUUCAAGGGAGAAACGAACAACACAGAAUGAGCCCCCAAUUCACAUUUACACGGAAUUCCCUCCGCCUGAAGAUCGUUAUGCUCCGGUUAAUUAUCGCAUGAUAAGGGAGAGAGCCACACCGUGCCAUGGUGCCGCUGCCCUUCAACAGACUCUCCCAACUGUCCCAGCUGUUCAUAUCCCUGCUCCAGCUUCACCAACAAUGCCAUGUUCUCCCGCAUUGGCGGCUGAGGUGAAAAAGGGAGCAAUUUACUUUGGGAUGCGUUCCUCCCUGACAAAACCAUGGGGUCACUGUGAAGUCCUGGAUAAACUUCCGGGGAAUGGUGGGGAUAAAGAUAUGCGGUAUCGUGUGCGAUUUGUGCGUCACAAUCAGGAGGGAAUUCUGUCGGGGAAGCAGCUGGCUUUUGCUGAAGCUCCAACGCAGAAACUUUCAGUGGGUUGUCGUGUUGUGGCGCAAUUCAGUGCUGCCCGGCGGAAGCUCUACUACCCGGGGAUUGUGGCUGAACCCACGCAGGAGACAAACAAGUUCCGCUAUUUGAUCUUCUUUGACGAUGGGUACGUGCAGUAUGUCUUUCCGGGGGAUGUUCGGAGGAUUUGUUGGGUGUCUGAGAAUGUGUGGGAGGAUGUGCAUCCCAGUUCGCGGGAUUUCAUCCGGAACUACCUGCAGGAGAAUCAGUAUCAGCGUGCUGUGGCACAAGUGAAGAUUGGGCAGAAGAUUGAGGUGGAGCGCGAUGGGAAAUGGGUUUCGAUGCGUGUGGCAAAGGUGGAUUGUAGUCUGAUCUUGGUGUACUUUGGGGAGUACACUGAGUGGAUCUAUAGUGGGUCACAGCGUCUUCUGCCCAUCUAUCGCAUGAAGAUGGAUUCACGCCUGUCCACGGGGAAGAAGCUGCAAACGCGGAAUGAGCCGUACGUGAGUUUCCGGAAUGUUGUGGAUGAUUCGCAGAAGGAAACGGAGAACAGAGUGAAGGAGGAGGAGGAGAAUCGUGGGAUUAAUCGUUCUGUGGCGAAGAAGAGUACGCAGACCGUGCCGCCACUGCCCGUGGCACAGCCGAGUCAGCCAAGUCAGCCUAAGCAGCUGAUGAAUAAUUCGACAAUCUUCCUGGAGGAUGAUAACUAUCCCAAAGGGAAGGUUGUCUUCUACACGGCCAAGUUCAACAUGCCGCCCAAGAGCUACACGCCACAUGAGUGCAACAGCGAAUGCCUCUAUCGCAUCUCAUACGAUCUCAAUCUCUACAAUCCCCUGGCAAAGCCCCUCCUUUCCGGAUGGGAAAGGAAGAUCUAUCGCGUCAAGGCGAGACGAUCAGUCAUCUACAAAGCGCCAUGUGGACGAAGUUUGCGGAACAUUGAGGAGGUGCAUCGAUACCUCCGGCUCACGGAUUGCAGCCUGAACGUGGACAAUUAUGAUUUUGAUCCAUCUGUUCACUGCCUGGCUGAGUAUGUCAUUGACUCGGCAAUUGUGCGCAAGACUGACAUCUCAAAUGGCGUGGAAACAAUGCCAAUUGGUUGUGUCAACUGCUACGAUGAGACUGUGCCACCGCCGUGCAUCUAUGCAAAUCACCGAAUCCCCACGGAGGGUGUUCAUCUCAAUCUAGAUCCGGAAUUCCUCGUGGGAUGCGACUGCACUGAUGACUGCAUGGAUAAGAGUAAGUGCUCCUGCUGGCAGACAACUGCAGCGGGGGUGAGGUGCCUCCAGCCCAAUAUUGACAUCAAUACCGUUGGCUACACGUACAAGAAACUCUAUGAUCCCGUACCCACUGGGAUCUAUGAAUGCAACUCCAGAUGCAAAUGCAAGAGUAGCUGCUUGAAUCGCGUUGUUCAGCAUCCACUUUCACUGAAGCUGCAAGUCUUCAAGACAGCCAACAGGGGUUGGGGGCUGAGAUGUUUGAAUGACGUGCCAAAGGGGCAGUUUAUCUGCAUCUACGCAGGGCACUUGCUGACGGAGCAGAAGGCAAAUGAAGGUGGACAAAAUCAUGGGGAUGAGUAUUUUGCUGAAUUGGACUACAUCGAAGUGGCGGAGGGCAUUAAGGAGGGCUUUGAACCUGAAGCACCGGAAGAGGAUUCCAAUUCAGACAGGGAUGAUGACUAUGAAUACAAUCCGGAAAAGCGUCGUCGUGCCAGCGAUUCUGAUGAUGAUUACUUCAGCCCAACGGCUGCUGUUGUGCAGAAAACCAUCAAAACACGUUCCCGGACAAGGGGUUCAGAUGUGCAGGCUAAUAAGGCGCAACCGGAAAAGCCCAAGGAGGCGGAAGAGGGAGUGAUCUCAAUAUCAGACGAUGAAGAUGAGCGUGUCCCACAGAGCUUUGUGCCGAAUAUUUCAAUUGAAAAGGAAGUCAUCCCGACCAAUAAGACGCGUUCCCUGCGACGGAUGUUUGGGAAGAAAGAGGAUGUCUACGUGAUGGAUGCCAAGAUUAUGGGCAACAUUGGGCGAUAUUUUAACCACUCCUGCUCACCGAAUCUCUUCGUGCAGAAUGUCUUUGUGGACACGCACGAUCUUCGUUUCCCGUGGGUAUCGUUCUUCGCCAUGAGCCACAUCAGGGCGGGCACGGAGCUAACGUGGAAUUACAACUACGACGUGGGUACCGUUCCCGGGAAGUUUUUGUUCUGCCAAUGCGGCUCAAAGAAUUGCCGUGGAAGAAUUCUCUAAGAAAUCAUCAUUCCUCCGAAAUUAUUCCCUUCGUCUCAAUAUCUCAUCAAUUUGUGUAAAAGAAAUAAAAAGUUUGAAGAUUUUUCUUUGAAA